AUGAAUGGUCACUCUCACCCCUCACGUGAGCCUGUGAUGAGCAAGCAAGAUGAGGAUCUGAUGCAACUCACGUUGCAACUUAGAAACAAGAAGGAAGCUGAGAAGUAUGCCAAGUAUCACGGCGACAAGCUCAUUGGAAACCCCAUUGCCCCCAAGGUUGGCUUAUGGGAAGAUGUCAAAUCCGUGUUCUCCAAAUCCAGCAACUGGCCCGCCUUGAAGAGAACGGCAGAUGGCAUCAUCAAAGGCACUGGGCUUGAUGGACAGAGUCUUGCGACGAUCGCUGGCAGUCUUUCUGACUACAGUGUCCAACGCCAGAAGCUGAUUGAUGGCCAAGUCAAAGACAAAUACGACAAGAUGCUGCACCCGCCUUUGACAUACCUUGGCGAUGCUUUCCAGUAUCGAACUGCCGAUGGCAAGUUCAACAGCGCCAUGAAUCCCCAUCUCGGUCAAGCUGGUGCCCCAUACGCCAAGACUGUCCCGUCAAAGACUGCGCCAUUGGGAGCUCUCCCUGAUCCUUCUGAUCUCUUUGAUAAGCUCAUGGCACGAGAAGAGGGUGGCCGCGAGAGCCAGUCUGGACUCUCCGCCAUGCUCAUCUAUCACGCAACCAUCAUUAUCCACGACAUCUUCAGAACUAACGACAACGACAAGAAUAUCUCUGACAGCUCGUCGUAUCUCGACUUAUCCCCUCUCUAUGGAUACACCACUGAGAUGCAGCGCAAGGUUCGAGAUGACAAGUUCAAGCUUGGUCUCUUGAAGCCUGACACGUUUGCUGAGGAUCGUCUCCUUCGACAGCCACCUGGCGUCUGCAUCAUGCUCGUUAUGUAUAACCGCUAUCAUAACUAUGCUGCAAGACAACUUCUCCGCAUCAACGAGAAUGGCCGCUUUAGAGUUCCUGCCAUGUAUGAGAAGACUAAGCUUGUCUCUUUGAUCAAGGAGCAUCUUCCUGACAGGGACCAGUAUGGGCAAAAGCUGCCAUUGGAUGAGACAAUACGAGAAGAAGUCGAGACGAUGUGUAAGAAGUACGAGGAUCUCUGGAGACAGGUCCGCGCUGCUAGGCCUGGCGAUGCACCUUACGCUCCCCCCAAGACGCCUAAUGAGACAGAGAAGGAGAAGAAGAAGCGAGAGGAAGCUGAAAAGGCGCGUCACGACGCUCUGGAGGAGAUUGAGAAGUUCAACAAGUCCCAGUUGAACCAAGACUUGGAAAACCUGGCCAACGACCUCAAGCUUCUCCUCAAGAAGAAGACCAUGAAGCUCAAGGAUCACGAUCACCAAGCCGCCAAGGACUUUGAAGCGGCAUGCGAUGAGUUCAAGGAUGCUUGGGAAGCAGCUUGGAACAAGCAAGAUGAUGACCUCUUCAACACGGCUCGCCUCAUCACGUGCGGCAUGUACAUCCAGAUCUCAGUCCACGACUACUUGAGGGCGCUCAUGGGCUUCCACCAGUUCGACACCAACUUCACGCUUGAUCCUCGCGCCGACUUUGAUCAGAAGAAGACGAGCCGUGGUAUUGGCAACCAGGUCACAGUCGAGUUCAACCUUCUCUACCGCUUCCACUGUGCCAUCUCUCUCAAGGAUGAGAAAUACACUGAAGACUUUAUGAAGAAUGUGUUGCACUUCAGGGACCCGAGCAAUACUUCUCUUCCCGAGUUCUUGGGGACCAUGGCUGCUAUCAAGCAGAAGGCUGCUGAGGAUCACAAGUAUGGCAAGAGGGAGCCUGAGCCAUGGGAGGUCACCUUUGGUAUCCCUGAUGACGACGACAAAACAGCACCUUCCAAUGGAUCUGGGUCGUCUGGCAAUACCUCGGACAGUGGUAUUGCUCUUAACGGUGCUUCUUCCAACGUCGAACCACAGAAGGUCACCAAGUCCAAGCACUUCACUCGCAACGCCAUCACCAACCUCUUUGAUGACAACCAGAUGCUCGAAGAGCUUACCUCGGCUAUGGAUGACCCGAUCUCUAACUUUGGACCCCGCAACGUUCCCAAGUGUCUCAAGUCUGUUGAGAUCAUGGGCAUUCUUCAAGCUCGUCGCUGGGAGUGCGGAACCUUGAACGACUUCCGAGACUUCUUCGGCUUGCCUAGACACCAGUCGUUUGAGAGUGUCACCAAGAACGUUGAGAUCCAGAAUGCACUCCGAGAUCUGUAUGAGCAUCCUGACAAGAUCGAGCUCUAUCCUGGUAUCUUCUGUGAGUCUGAUGAGUACAUGGGCUUGGACCCCGGUCCUAGUGAGUCAAGCUCUGCUCUUUGGUCAGCCAUCUUCUCAGAUGCCAUCACCCUUGUUCGAUCUGAUCGUUUCUACACUGUUGACUGGAACACCAACUCUUUGACUUCUUGGGGCAUGAAGGAGGUCACUCCCAACAACGAGGUUUGCAAGAGUUCAGUCUUCCACCGCCUCAUCCAACGUGCUUUUCCAGGCUGGUUCCCCUCCAACACCAUCCGCUUCUUCCAUCCUUUCUACACCGCGAAGCAGAACGGUAUCUAUGCCGAGGCUCAGGGCUAUGGUGACUGGUUCAAGGAGACGGUUGAUCACCCCAAGGUCGCUGUCGCUGCCCCAGUGCAGAAACCAGAGAAGCCGUGGUAUCUCAGCAAGUUUGAUGACAUCAAGAUCAUCUUGCAAGGGGAGAAGGCUAAGAACUUCACCAACCCUGCCUAUUACUACAAGGCAAAUCUGCCUCAAGUAGUCAGAGACGUGCUGAACCCGAUCCCUGAAAAGAAACCACCACAGUACACAUCCGCGAUUGAUGAUUACGUCAAGGAUGUGGAAGUAGACUUGAAGAAGUAUCUUGACAACGAAAUGAGACGGAUUGUCAAGAGAGAGUCGAUCUCUAUGACCAACUCGACAUUCCAGAUCGAUGCUACUCGAGACUUUGCCAUUCCCGUUGUCACUCGAUACGUCGCCGAUUUCCUCGGCUUUGGCAACAAGCUCUUUAAGACCGCUACCGAGGCCAAAGACACCUACAGCGAGAAUGAGAUUUACCAGCACAUCACAAACUGCCAGAUUUUCCUCUCGUAUAACGCUGACGAGACCAAGUGGUUGCAGCGUCGUGAAGCUUUCAAGGCUUCCAUGAAGAAGCUCAUUGAGCUGACCCAGAGAGGAACGAUCUGGGAGGCUGGGCAGUGGGACAUCACCAGGGCGUUGUUUGGCAAGAAGGAGACUAAUGCCAUGCAUGACCUGGGAGUAUUUGUUGCGAAGCAGGUUUUGGGUUAUGAGAAGGAACAGGGCAAAGCUGCUGCUAUUCUUCUUCUCAUUUGUCUCGACUUUGCUUACAAUGCGGUCGUCUCGUUCACUGCUACGUUGGACGGCUACAUGAGGGACCUCUAUGCAGCGGCUGAUGGUCGUCCGCAUUUUAUGCUUCUGGGCCCUGGCAGCGGUCGUCCACAGUGGAUUCAAGUCCAGGAGUGCGUCUUCAGUGAUAAACCAAACGCAGAUGAGGAGCUUGAGAAGAUGGUCCAGACAAUGGCUCGAAUCACCGUUCGACAGCCCAUUGUUCGCAAGGCGGAAAAGGAAGGCACAUAUAACUUUGCUGGUGUGAAAGGAGGAAAACAAAUUACUAUCAAGGAAGGUGAAGCUGUUAUCCUCGAUCUUGCCAAGGCUGGUGAAGAGCCUGAAGUAAAGAACAACAAAGAGAAGCGAGAGCUUUUGAUGUCUCAGCUCAGCAUCGCUGAUAAGUUUGGCGUCUUUGCACCCCGACGUGUUGUCACGAUCUCUCUGACCUCGAUGAUCAAGUUCGUCGCUCAGAUGAAGAACCCUCGUCGUGGGCACGAUGCGCAGGGCAAGCUCAAGAAGAUUAACCUUGACUCUACGCCCGAAGGCUACGCCAAUUACAUGGCUCCUGGACGAGUCAGCUGGAUUCAGCAACAGGCCAAGAAGCUGAAAGGCCCUGGAGAAGCAGAGGACAUUGUUACCGAAGGCAACUUGCGGCCGCAGACUGACACGUAUCUCACUCCAACUUGGGAUGAGUUCGUUCCCUUCCCCAUGACAUGGAAGAUCCGCUUCGAUGGUUUCGGCGAAUCGGACUACAAGGUUGGUACCAAUGACUACGGUAGAGUCAAGACGAUGCCUACGCUUCCUGAUUUCUGUCCUCCGUGGUAUCAGCCCCAGGGUCCAAGCACAGAGGGUGGUGCGUUUGCUUCUACCGUCUGCAUUUGUGCUGAUGAGGGAGCUGGAAAGGCGGAGGUUGACGACAAGGGUGAGAAGGUUCACAAGAAGGGUUGUCCUUGUGUUGGAGGCUCGAAGAAGAAGUCCAAGCUGAAGACGGCUCAGCUUUCGACGGGCUGUGGAUUGAGUGAUAACUGUGUUCAUAAGUAG